AUGGCAAACUUCACCAGACUCAACGUGUUGACACCUAACCGUUCUGAUUGGAGGGUUUUGGUUAGAGUUGAAAAGAUGUGGGAUACCUUGGAGGCAGAUGUUGGUGAAGGUCUAAGCUUUCUUUUUGUGGAUGAAAUGGGCACAAAGAUGCAUGCUUUUGUUGAACAAAGUAAUCAGAUGAAAAGGUUCAAGAGAUGUCUUCAUGAAGGGGAAUGGAAUAUUCUAACCGGAUUUUCCGUGGUCAUGGUGAACACAGAGAUCCGUUUGACGGAAGCCAGAAACAAGAUUGCUCUCACGUCCAACACCAGCGUCACACCCGCAGAGGACUCGGAUGCUUGGAUUCCGCUUGACAUCGUUCCUUACGAAUAUGUUUCGAAUUUUUGGAAUGAUGAACGAACUUCUUUCCCUAGAGACUUUCUAGGGUUUAUACUUGAAGUUCGUGAGACAAUGCUCAGGGAAGAUGUCUCUAUUCCUAGGAACCCUUUAAACGAUGAUCCAAAGACCACUAACACAAUAGAUUUCACCUUACAGGACAACGAUGGGGAUCAAAUACAGUGUCGUGUAAAGGGUGCCUUAGCAUCUAAGUUUAAACGGUUUUGGCUUUACUAUGGUAAAAUUGAGACCAUCGUAUGCCUCUUAACCGAUUGGCGGGUUGUAGAAGAUGCGGAUCCAAUUCAUAUCGAAAGUGAAGAAGGAAUCUCUAGAUUUGAAUUCAAUCCUAUUGGCUUUGAUGAGGUUGACCAUUUCACUGAGAUAAUGUGCUCUUCCUCACAAGACAGCAGCGAAGAAGAUGUUGAAGAAAUGGAAUUUGAUUAUUUCAAUGGCUGUAGAACCGACAACAAAAGUUGA